CAACACCGAAUCCCUCUCUCCCGCUUUUUACAUUGCACCAUAAUUUACAUUUAUAUUUCCUUCUCAUAUGAUCUCUCUCUGAAAAAAAAAUAAAAAUAAAAAUAGUUUCGUAGGCAGGUAAGGUUUGAUCUGCUCUUGGUCUCGUUGAAUCUGAGAAAGAUAUGGAAGAACAAUGGGAGAGGAAUGAAAGUUGUUAAUGUUUCUGGAGUGAAUCAAACAAGUUGACCAACUCUUUUUUUCCUCCUUUGGGACCUUGAUUAUCUAGACAGGUUUUGGCUACAUGAAAAAAGGAGACUGAGAGCAUAAUGUUAAGUUCAGGGAAUAAUUUAAGCCGGGGAAGUGCUACAAUGUCAUCAGAUGUUCCACCCUUGACACAUUGCUUGACUUUGGAGCCAAUUGCAUUAGGCAAUCAGAAAUAUACUCGUUCUGGAGAGGUUAGGAGGGUCUUGGGUGUCCCUCUUGGAAGUGCAUCAGAGGACCAUUCCUUUGGAGUUGCUUAUCCCAAGCCUCCACCUCCAGUGGCAACAGAAGAACUAAAACAUUUCAAAGAAAGUGUACAAGAUGCUUCUAAAAAGGCCAGGGAUAGAGCGAAAAUGUUGCGUGAUUCCUUAUUCAAAUUGGAUAAGUAUAGGGAAGCCUUAAGCUCAAAGAAGCGACAGAGGAGUGAACUUUCAUUAAAUGAGAGGUCAAAUGGAGCAAAUGCAGUAAAGAUGGGGAGUCAGAUUCAUAGAAAUUCUCAUGACAUUAUGACUCAGAGAUUGGAAGACAGGGCCAAGAACGUUGGGCUGAAUAAGCGUGUUCGUACAUCAGUGGCUGAUGUGCGGUCAGAUGGUAGGUCCAGCACUCCCUCAAGGCAGCAGAUGAUCAUGGAAAAGGGUGGAGAUAUGCUCCAGGAUGCCAGUGGGGUUACUGUUAAGUUUGAAGAAAAGAUCCAAAGAUUACCUGCUGGAGGUGAAGGAUGGGAUACAAAAAAUAAAAAGAAGCGUUCUGUUGGAUUGGUAGGUAGUAGAGUUAUAAAUGGUGACCGAGAUCUAAAACGAUCUAUGCAUCCAAAGAUUAGUGCGGACUCUAAGUUGCGAUCUUGUGAUGCUCAGAGUUUCAGAUCAAAAUCUUCACCGGGUGUUGGUGGAAUCAACAAGUUGGAUACUACUUUAGAGCCUAGUGGUUCAGACACCAGUACAGUAAUCAGGAAUGAAAUGGAUACUGGAACUCUUUCAAGAGAUCGUUUGGCCCUUUUAGAGCAGAAAGUUGUGACAAAAGGAAGCAAUAAGCCAAAUAUUCAUGAAGAUAAUUUAGCAAGCGGUCCUAAUACAAUGAUAAAAGCAAAGGUUUCUAGGGGACCACGUACCAUGGUGUUAGACUCAUCACUCAAAGUUCAUUCCUCUUCAACAUCUCUUCAAGGUGCGGAACAGCCUACAAGUUCAAAUAAAGUUGCAGUGCCCGGUUUGGUAAAUAAUCAUAAGCGUCAAAUGUCUGCAGGCUCAUCUUCCAUGGCUCAGUGGGUUGGUCAGAGGCCACAUAAAAACUCACGUACGAGGAGGGCAAAUGUAGUUGCUCCUGUUUCAAACCAUGUUGAGAUUCAGAUAUCAUCUCAGGCCAAUGAUUUUACUGCCAGAACUUCCAUUGGAAUCAAUGGAUCAAUAGUUGCUAGCAGCAUAGACAAUAGUACUCCCAAGUUUAAAAGGGAAAUUGACAGUGUUCCAUCUCCAUUUGGGUUUUCUGAAAGUGAAGAAUCAGGUGCUGGGGAGAAUAAAACAAAAGAUAAAGGAAUAGAUAAUGGUGAGGUUGCUCUGACUGCACCUCAUAAAGUUGGUGCUUUUCUGUUGCCUGCUCAGAAGAAUAAAUUACGUACUAGUGAGAUUGGGGAUGGUGUGAGGAGACAAGGAAGGAGCGGAAGAGGUUCAUCAUUAACAAGGCCUGCUGUUCAUACUGUGAGAGACAAAUUAGAGAAUCUACCAACAACAAAGCCACUUCAGAGUGUGAAACUCACUUCUGAUAAGAAUAAAAGCAAAACUGGUCGUCCUCCUUCAAAAAAGUUGAAAGAGCGGAAGUCUUUAGCUCGUGUUGGGCCAUUGGUUAAUAGUGGAUCUUUAGAUUUCACAGGAGAAUCUGAUGAUGAUCAUGAAGAGCUAUUUGUGGCUGCCAAUUCUGCUCGGAACGCAAGCAACCGUGCGUGCUGUGGUCCAUUUUGGAAGAAAAUGGAAUCUAUUUUUGCUUCUGUCAGCUCAGAGGACAUGUCCUACUUAAAGCAACAGCUAAGUUUUGCAGAGGAGCUUGAUGAGAGUUUGUCUCAGAUGCUUGGUGGUGAAUAUAAUUUUUUGGGUGUUGUUGUGCAUAAAGGAAUGUCUGAUUAUUCCGGUGAAAGACAAGGUAAUGACUCUAACCAAGAAUCAGUCAAGAAAGCUUCCUUAUGUGGAGAGAUUGGCACAGGAAGAUUGGAAAAGGGUGCUCCACUAUACCAGAGAGUUCUUUCUGCUUUGAUUGAAGAAGAUGAAAGUGAAGAAUUUUACUUCCAUAGUGAAGGGAAGAAUAUGCCACUUCACUAUGCCAGUGACGAUUCUCAUUGUGGUUCAUGUAAUCUGAUUGAUAUUGAACCCAAAGAUAGGGACAGGAUGGAAUCUGAAGUCGAGUCAAAAGUGAAUUUUCUGACCCAGAAGAAUUGUUUCUUGGACAGAAUUUCAUGUGAUAAGAGUGUUGCAUCUAACGCAAUUAGGAACCAAAGCAUGCCAAAUUCUUUGCAUAACAAUGAACAGUGGCCAGGAGAUGAUGACUUUUCACAUUUGGAUAUUGUACAUGCCAGUGAAACAUGUUCAAAUGAUAUGGGCCAAUUGCAGACAAGGGAAUUAAAUACAACUGGCUUCUCUUCUUCUGAUCUCAAAUAUCAGCUGAUGUGUCUUGAUGAUAGGGUUCUGCUGGAGCUACAGAGUAUUGGUAUUUGUCCAGAGACAUUGCCUGAUCUGGCAGAGGGAGAGGAAGUGAUUAAUCAAGAUAUAAUGGGACUUGAGGAAGGGCUGUGCCAACAGAUUGGGAGAAAGAAAAGGAAAUUAGGGAAAAUUGAUAAGGCUGUUCAGAAAGGGAAAGAAGUGGAAAAGAGGAACAUGGAGCAGGUUGCAAUGGACCAACUUAUUGAGAUGGCUUAUAAAAAACGAGUGGCUUGCCGUGGGAAUAAUUCCUCAAAAAGUGCGGUCCGCAAAGUUUCAAGACAAGUUGCACUGGCUUUUAUCAAGCGCACUCUUGCUAGAUGUAGAAAAUUUGAAGACACAGGCAGCGGUUGCUUUAGUGAGCCUGCAUUACAGGAGGUCAUUUUCGCUACACCACCAAGCAACAAUGAUGCAAAAUCUGUUGAUUGUGUUGGUUCAGGAACUGCAAGUAACACAUGUAAUGAAGUUUCUAACCAUCAUGCUGAAGCCCGAGGCUCAGGUGCUGUUUCUAGUGCUUUGGAGAGAGAUGAUUCACAUGGUGAUUACAUUUAUAGAGGUAGAAAGAGGGAAGUGCUUAUUGAUGAUGUUAUCGGCAGUGCUUCCUCAAGGGUUACGUCAACUCUUGAUAGUGCUGGGCUUGGUGGAGUAAAGGGUAAGAGAAGUGACAGAGAGAGGGAUCAAAACAAGGAUAAUAUAAGAGGUAAUUCUGUUUCUGGAACUAGUCGUGCAUCAUUGGAUGGCUUCAAAAGUGAACGCAAAACAAAAUCAAAGCCCAAGCAAAAGAUUAAUCAUUUGUCAACAUCUGGAAAUGGACCUCGUGGAUCUGGCCAUUCAGUGGUUAAUGCUAGCAAUAAAAUGGACACAGAAGUCGGGUCACUGUCUCGUGGUAACAUCCCUCAGGAUGCUUCUAAAGAAGCAGGUGGACCCGUCGAUUUUGCAAACUUGCAGCUAAACGAAUUAGAUACAAUUGGACUAGAUGUAUCCAAUGACCUUGGUGGGCCACAAGAUCUCUGUUCAUGGUUGAAUUUUGAUGAUGAUGGCUUGCAAGACCAUGAUUCUAUAGGUCUUGCAAUACCAAUGGAUGACCUUAGAGAGGUGAUAUGAUAAUGUGGAGAAAUUUGCUUUCUUCGUUUUUGGUUAAGCAAGGAUUCAAGGAUCAUUGAGAUCAGAGCUAGUCUAGCUACCCACCAAAGAAUGAGAAUGUAACGUUUGUUGAUUUUUCUGUAUAUUAUAAGUAGGUAAUUGGCACUUGAUUAUUUGUACAAACUGAAGAACAGUGCUUCCAAUAUGUAUGUUUUCAUUUUCACUCACGAGAGGUGUAGGAUGUUUAAAUACAUAUAUCUUUGCUCUCAUUAAA